AUGGCUCAGCAGCUAAACAAUGAAGAAGGGACUACAUUAAUUCCUCCGCAAAAAGUUGCUGGAGAACAAAGAGGUUCAAUGAUAUCUGCGUCUUUCAAUUUUAUCAAUUCCAUCAUAGGAUCAGGAAUCAUAGGUUUACCAUAUGCACUGAACCAGGCAGGGCUCCCGCUUGGUCUCCUGCUUUUGAUAGCUGUUGCGCUCAUCACAGACUACUCAAUCAUCUUAUUAAUCAAAGGAGGCAACCUGUCAGGGACAAACAGUUAUCAGUCACUGGUGCAAAGCACAUUUGGUUUCCCUGGAUUUCUGAUUUUAUCUGGACUGCAGUUCCUUUAUCCUUUCAUUGCUAUGAUUAGCUACAACAUCACAACUGGUGACACACUGACCAAAGUAUUUCAGCGAAUACCAGGAGUUGGUCCAGAUCACAUACUUGCAGAGCGUCACUUUGUGAUCUUGCUUUCAACCCUUGUAUUCACACUGCCUCUCUCGCUUUAUCGAAACAUAGAGAAACUUGGGAAGGUGUCCCUGCUGUCAAUGGUGCUGACACUUACCAUCCUCGUCAUUGUAAUCAUCAGAGCAGCUACCUUUGGACCCCAAAUCCUCCCCACAGAGAAUGCAUGGGUAUUUGCAAAGUGGAAUGCAAUUCAGGCAGUUGGCGUAAUGUCUUUUGCCUUUAUAUGCCACCACAACAGCUUUCUUAUCUAUGGUUCCCUGGAGCAGCCCACACUAGCUAACUGGUCUCGAGUCACCCACAUCUCAGUUGGUUCUGCCUUGGUGAUCAGUGCUGCAUUUGCUGUCGCUGGCUAUACCACCUUCACUGGCUACACACAAGGAGACAUAUUUGAGAACUACUGCAGAGAUGAUAACCUGGCAACGUUCGGUCGCUUCUGUUUUGGCCUUAGCAUAAUAACCACAUUUCCACUGGAGUGUUUUGUUACACGAGAGGUGGUAUCCAACGUCAUUUGCAGUCGAGAUCUUUCAAAAGCUGAACAUGUGGCCAUAACCUUGUUCAUAGUUGCAGUUUGCACAUCAGUAUCUUUGGGCUAUGACUGUCUCGGAGUUGUUUUGGAGCUGAAUGGUGCUCUGAGCGCCACACCUCUGAUCUUCAUCAUUCCAUCGGCAUGCUUUCUCAAACUCUCCCCUGGCCGCUGGUUUCAGGGGGAAAACUUGAUACCCACCAUCUUGAUAAUACUUGGCUUAUUUGUCAUGAUCACCGGGCUGAUCAUGACUGGCCUCUACCCUCAAGACUGUUCACACGGUGUGGAGAUGUUCUACUGUGCAGACGCCAACAUCUCUAGCACUGUACCACCUGUAUGA